UUUGUUGUGGAAGCAGCUGCUGACUCUGGGCGUUAGGUGGUUGUUUAUUGCGAGCAGAAACACAUCUACUAGUAAGCAGCGGUUUAAUAGUUGAUUUAUUUUUCCAGUACUCUGAAGGCACUUAUUAACACUAACAUCACAACAUGGCWGAGACGGACCCCAAAUCGGUGCAGGAUCUUACCAAUGUGGUUCAGACACUCCUGCAACAGAUGCAGGACAAGUUCCAGACCAUGUCAGACCAGAUAAUUGGGAGAAUUGAUGAGAUGAGCACACGUAUCGAUGACCUGGAGAAGAACAUUGCUGACUUGAUGACCCAGGCUGGUGUUGAAGAGAUCGAGGCACCACCGGAAAAGGCUAAAGAAGGUCAAGGAUCGUAAUGAAGGUUCAUAAACAAGAAGGCAUUCUAUAUGGUCCUGGAUCCAGGAGGAGCAGCCUUUUUAACUGAAAAUGACCUGUUGAUUUGCUGUUAUGUGACAUGUUUUUUAUAUAUUGAAUAUUGUGAAACGGUUACAGUAACGUUAUGACUUGAACGAUUGAACGUCAUUUGUAAGCUAGUGGUAUGCCUUUUAGAACUUUAGAGGAAUGCAGUGUUUUUUAGCUGCUGUCGUUUAAUUGUAUCAGUCAGUCCCUUGAUGUGAUGGUGCAGAGGGUCUGUUCUGACCCAKCCUUUGCUGAGAACUAAAACCCACUGGCAACAGGCCAAUAGAACCACGCUACCAGUGACGCACUGAACCAAGUGUUUGAUAAACAGCACUGUUUGUGAUAUGCAUUCCACUUCUAAUAUUCUAUUAAAUCGAUCUCAUAUACUGCA